GGGCACUUGCUGAGUCGGCGCGACACAGCCACGGAGCUGGUACCCCCGGCACCCCCUGCCCGGCUUCGCUCCCCAGCAUGGAGGAAGGCGGCGAUUUCGACAACUACUACGGGGUAGACAACCAGUCUGAGUGCGAGUACGCAGACUGGACGUCGUCGGGGGCCCUCAUCCCUGCCAUCUACAUGCUGGUCUUCCUGCUGGGCACCACGGGCAACGGCCUGGUGCUCUGGACCGUGUCUCGGAGCAGCCGCGAGAAGAGGCGCUCGGCCGACGUCUUCAUCGCCAGCCUGGCGGUGGCCGACCUGACUUUCGUGGUGACCCUGCCGCUGUGGGCCACCUACACGUACCGGGACUACGACUGGCCCUUCGGUGCCUUCGCCUGCAAGCUCAGCAGCUAUCUCAUCUUCGUCAACAUGUACGCCAGCGUCUUCUGCCUCACGGGCCUCAGCUUCGACCGCUACCUGGCCAUCGUGAGGCCCGUGGCCAGCGCUCGGCUGAGGCUGCGGGUCAGCGGGGCCGCGGCCACGGCCGUCCUGUGGGCGCUGGCCGCCCUGCUGGCCAUGCCGGUCAUGGUGUUCCGCUCCACGGGCGCCAUCCUGCACGCGGAGAACAGCACCAGGGCGCAGUGCUACAUGGACUACUCCACGGUGGCCGGCCCGAGCUCCGAGUGGGCCUGGGAGGUGGGCCUGGGCGUCUCGUCCACCGCCGUGGGCUUCGUGGUCCCCUUCGCCGUCAUGCUGACCUGCUAUUUCUUCAUCGCCCAGACCAUCGCCGGCCACUUCCGCAAGGAGCGCGUCGAGGGCCUGCGGAAGCGGCGCCGGCUCCUGGGCAUCAUCGUGGUGCUGGUGGUGACCUUCGCCCUGUGCUGGAUGCCCUACCACCUGGUGAAGACGCUCUACAUGCUGGGCAGCCUGCUGCGCUGGCCCUGUGACUUCGACAUCUUCCUCCUGAACGUCUUCCCCUACUGCACCUGCAUCAGCUACGUCAACAGCUGCCUCAACCCUUUCCUCUACGCCUUCUUCGACCUGCGCUUCCGCCAGGCCUGCGCCUCCGUGCUCUGCUGGGGGCGGAGCAGGUGCGCGGGAGCCUCCCACGGCAGCGGCGGGGAGAAGUCGGCCAGCUACUCUUCGGGGCACAGCCAGGGGCCCGGCCCCGGCAGCGGGAAGGGCGGAGAGCCGACGCAGGAGAAAUCCAUCCCCUACAGCCAAGAGACCCUCGUGGUUGACUAGGGCUGAGAUGGCGGGCGCCUGGUGCCCUCCGCCCGGCCCCGGCCUUUGCCCUUUGCUCUCUGAAGGCCGGGUAGCCGGGGGCACCUCCUCUCUUGCACUUGACU